AUGAAUUUGUCUGUUCCUGAUAACGCGUCGUUCGUCCAGCAGAAAUCGGAGAGAUCGGGCCCGCUGCACGGAAAUCCGGAGGACGUGAUUGGCCCAACACCGCCGGGCGACGCCAGAGCGGUGAGCGGCGGUCCGCUGCCGGAGCGCGCAGAAAAACCCUUUUCCACCGCUCCCUCUCCUCUUCUUCCUUCGCUCGCCCAGUCUCCAUCUUAUCGACUCGUUGUCUCUCAGUUACACCAGCCGCGUAUCUUUGACCCUCCGCUUCUUCUGCUUGCAAUUGAGCCCCGAGAGGCACUAGCAACCGCGCUUAUGCGUGUUAUCGUCUCGAUCUUCACCUCCCAGAUCACCUCUGGAAAGCCUCCAUUAACUGAGUCGUCCUCGACCACAAGCGGAACUGUCAUUCUCUCUUCCCCAAACACAGUCAUCAUGUUUGCUCGACUUGUCAGGACGACUCCUGUCAGGGCCACCCCGCUGGCCUCUGUGAAGGCUAACCUGCCCAAGGCUCGUGUCUUGGCCACUGUCGACCGGGCUGGUGCGAAGAGAUUCGAACCGGCGACUUUCACGAUCCGAGAUGGUCCUGUCUUCCAUGGCAAGUCCUUUGGUGCCAACAAAAACAUCUCUGGUGAAGCCGUUUUCACCACUUCUCUGGUCGGAUACCCAGAGUCCCUGACCGACCCUUCCUACCGCGGCCAGAUUCUGGUCUUCACCCAGCCGCUGAUUGGCAACUACGGCGUUCCGUCUGCGGAGAGGGACGCCAACGGACUGCUCAAAUACUUUGAGUCCCCCAAUCUCCAGGCUGCCGGUGUCGUCGUUGCCGAUGUUGCAGAGCAGUACAGUCACUGGACGGCCGUCGAGAGUCUGGGAGAGUGGUGUGCCCGCGAGGGCGUUCCCGCGAUCUCAGGCGUCGACACCCGUGCCAUUGUGACCUACCUCCGUGAGCAGGGUUCCUCCCUGGCUCGUAUCACCGUAGGUGAGGAGUAUGAUGCGGACGAGGAUGAGGCCUACAUCGACCCGGAACAGAUCCACCUGGUCCGCCAGGUCAGCACCAAGGCGCCCUUCCAUGUCAGUGCCGCAAACCCUGAGUGUCACGUCGCCCUCAUCGACUGCGGUGUCAAGGAGAACAUCCUCCGCAGUCUGGUUGGCCGUGGGGCUAGCAUCACGGUGUUCCCGUUCGACUACCCGAUCCACAAGGUUGCCCACCACUUCGAUGGUGUCUUCAUCUCCAACGGCCCCGGUGAUCCUACUCACUGCCAGGAGACCGUCUACCAUCUGCGAAAGUUGAUGGAGACCUCUCAGGUGCCGAUCAUGGGUAUCUGUCUGGGACACCAGCUGCUCGCUCUAGCGGCGGGCGCCCGGACCGUCAAGCUUAAGUACGGAAACCGGGCGCACAACAUUCCGGCCCUGGACCUGACUACCGGCCGUUGUCACAUCACCAGCCAGAACCAUGGCUAUGCGGUUGAUGCGUCGACGCUUCCAAGCGACUGGAAGCCGUACUUUAUAAACUUGAAUGACUCCAGCAAUGAAGGCAUGAUCCACAAGUCUCGCCCGAUCUUCAGCACGCAAUUCCACCCGGAGGCGAAGGGAGGCCCCCUGGACUCAUCCUACCUGUUCGAUAUCUACAUCGACAGCGUGAUCAAGUACAAGAACAACCAGGCCAUCUUCCACCCGAUGCGGGACAGCCGCCCCAGCCCGCUGCUGGUCGACCUCCUCCCGAAGGAACGGGUUGGAGUGAGUCCUACGAAUGGAAUGAGCAAUGCGGGUUCCGGUGCCAGUGCCGGUGCCGGUGCUGCUACGGCAACUGCAUGA